AGCAAAGAGUUUGUUACUUAGAUCUCGAUCUAUGAUCUCUAAGCAAACGCCGCUGAGGACACUGAGGGGACAGCGGCACACGGCCUGCGGAUUUAGCCGAGCCUUCAGCUCAUCAACUGGGACACUCAGAUCAGAAGACAAAGUAACAGUCCAUUUCAUAAACCGAGAUGGAGAAAAAAUCACGACUGAGGGGAAAAUUGGCGAUUCUUUAUUAGAUGUUGUUGUUAACAAAAAUCUGGAUAUUGAUGGAUUUGGUGCCUGUGAAGGAACAUUGGCAUGUUCCACCUGCCAUUUAAUCUUUGAUGAGAACAUCUUUAAGCAGCUGGACCCAAUCACUGAUGAAGAAAUGGACAUGUUGGACUUGGCUUAUGGACUCACUGAAACCUCACGUUUGGGCUGUCAGAUCUGCCUUUCGAAGUCAAUGAACGGUAUGACAGUAUCGGUGCCGGAGGGUGUGGCUGAUGUCAGACAAGCUGCAGAUAUGGGCUUGACUCCUUCUUAAGAGAAAUUCCUUUAGAUUCAUAGUAAUUAAUAGAUUCCUACUGUAAUUACAGGGAUGGAAAGAAGACAGGUGACACACAUGUGUCAUUGUCCAUCAAAUCAACAGUACGAAGGUUUUUGUGACUUCGUAGAUCUACCCGCGACCUAUUAAAGUCAUUUUCUGUUAAGAAAGAGGAACAAAACUAAAAGCCUAAAAUACGCACAAGAACACAGAAAUCGGACUAUGGAACAAUGGUCAAAGGUGCUUUGGACUGUUGAUUUGAUGGACAACGACUUUUCAACGCUUGUCUUCUUUCUAUUCCUUAAGGAUAUUAUCUUCAGAUAUUUGAUGUUUCUCUGUACUUGUUGAUUAUGUUUCGGAUACAACACCUUGAAAAUCAAGUGAUGCAAGCUAUUUCACUCAGUGUUUUUCUUUCUUUAUGCAAGUCAAGGUUGUUAUAAUAGUAGAAAAUAGUAAAUUGUUGAUGCUCAUAAUGCACAGCUUGGAAAAAUAACCCAUGAUUGGUUAAACCGCAUCACAUGACCAUGCGUAUAUAUAACGUAUAGCACGGCUUGCAUACUAAUGAGUCGUUUCGCACUGAAUAAAUCACUACGCACCGCUACAUUCAAAAUUCCAUUACAAACUGCCAUUUUAUUUGUUAUUAGUUACAGAACCACUGCCAAAAAUGAGUGGCAUUUCACCUAUUGGAUGAAACUCCACAUAACUGGUACAACACCAACUUUGAGUGAAGACAGCAGUCCAUCUGAAAAAAAUAAAAAAAAUAAAAUAAAAUAAGUGCACCAGCAAGAGUAGACACGUAACAAUAGAUGAGGAACAGCUAAAUGAAAUAGAAGAAAACAAAGAUUGAAAAAAUACAAAAAAAAAACUACAGCAUGGACUGGUUAAUGUACUUAAAGAAAAAAAUAUGGACAUUCAUUUUAUGGAAAUAAGUCCAAAGAAUCUCAACAACAUAAGGGAAUUUUAUACCAGUGCAAGAAGUUCAUCUGAGGACCAGUAUUCAGUCUCCAGUUUUAUAACGCUAAGCUGGACUAAAUACAUAUUUUAACAGUAGUUUUAACAUCUCUGCUGACAGCCAGUUUAAAACCAGCAAUAAUGUAUUCCUGUCAGUCAGGAAAACUCUUAGAAAAGCAGGUAACGAUCAGACCAGACACCACCCCUCGAAUUACCGGCCUGGAUUUGAAGCGUCUGCGGGAAACUGAGGCACUGUCCCGAUACCGCGGUCGGACUGGUGCGUAAAGUCUGGUUCGAUCGUCAACUUAAUCUGGCACGACUUGGACGUGAGGGUGUCCGAUAACUAACCAAAAACAUAUAUUGAGAUCCAAAAGGAUGAAAACGUACUGGAAUAUGUGUGCCUCACAUACGAGUUCACAAACCUACUUCAAGAUCCGGCUUCAGUCUCCAUCGCAGCUGCUCCCCUUACUUCCUAGUGUCAUUUGAAACUCCGCCCAUCAUCACAGCUUGUGCUCAGUCCUCUAGUUUCUAGUGAGGUGGCACUUUCGAUGCAGAAAUUCACAAUAAACUAAUAUGUGCAAUUUAUUUUUAAUAAGCGAACAAUGAAUUAAAUUAAAUUAAAUUUGGGACUGUAUUACACUGCGGAUGUAUACACAAUAAAAGUUUCUGGUUUUGUCUUAA